AUGAGAACAACUCCUAAUAGUUUCAAAGAAACUGCUUCCAAGACUUCAACUCAAGAUUAUAAAAAAUAAUAAUCUCAACCUGUAUGUUAAAUUCAUUUAUUAUUAAGACUGUUAGUAUACCAGAAUCUAGUUAAUUAUUUCACAUUCCUUAAAAAUACUGUCCUUAACGCUUCAAACCAUAACCAACAAUAUCUAAAUCUAUUGAAGAUAAGAGAUGUAGAGUCAAUAAAAACAAUCUAUCAGAAUUAAAUAAUCGAACAAAUAGUAGUUCAAAAAGUCGUAUUUCAGGAUUUACAAAUAAUUAAUUAGAAGAUGAUUCAAUGUAUAGUUCAUAGAAUGCAUUAAAAUUAAAGAAAAUAAUAGGUGAUUCAUAAGCAUAUACUACUAAUUUAUUUGUGUAAAUAUUUUAUUCUUAUCUUUUUAUAGUUCUAAAUCUAACUUAACUUGUGAUUCAUCAAGUCCAGGAGGCAGAUAAAAUAAAUCAGCUUAUAAAAAAUCUAUAGAUUUUGAUAUUAAUCGAUUUAAUAUGUUAAAAGAAAAAACAUUGAUGCAAAAAAAAGCAUAAUCAUAAUAAUAAGUUAAUCAAUCAAAAGAAUUGAUAGAUUAAUUUUUAAAUUUAGAUAAAUAGAUUCAAGGUUCCACAUUAGAAUAACAAAAAAAAUAGUAGUAUUUAAAGUAAAGAGGAUUAUGGGAUCCAUUCAAAGAUUUAUUUAUUAAACAAUUUGCCAGAGUUCCAAUUUAAUUUAAAAGUGUUUUUAAUUAAUUAUAAAUCUAAGUCAGAGAAAUAGAAUAAUAAUGGUCAGAUAUCAUUAUGUAAAUAGCAAAUAAUUUAUUUGAAUUAUUAUAAAAUUCUGCAAUUCUAAUGGUAUAUGAAUAGGAUUUAAAAUUAAAUGAAUUGAUUGAAUAAAUGAAAAGAGAAAGAGAUUUUUGGUAAAAUAAUUAUAAAUCUCUUGAAUAAGAAAGAGAUAUUCUUUUAGAAACUGUUUCUUAAUUAAAAUAAACUUUAGAAAAAGAGAGACCUCUUUAAUUUAAUAAAACAGAUAAAAAAUAAAUUGAUCUUGAUUCUGUUAAUACUUCAUAAUUAAAAGAAAUGACUAUAUUAAUGUAAUAAAAAAUUUAAGAAAUGUCUGAGAAAGAAUAAAAAUUAAUUAAGUUAGUAUUAGCAAUUCGUAGAACAGGAAUUGAUAUAGAAAAGAUAUAUAAUGAAGAAGUUUUAAAUGAUGAUUCUUUAUCAGAAUAACAAAAUUAAUCUAAUAGAGAGAAUAAGUAAUUUUUAUAUAUAUAUUAUUUAGAUAGUUGAUUCCAAAGAUUGAAAGAAGUUUUCAUGAUGCUGAUAAUUCUGUUGUAAAUGAUUCAGAUGAAUCUAGUUUUUAAUAUAAUGGAAGAUUGGAAGAUGAAAGUAUUAUUGAAAGUAUUAGAAGAUUUGAAAACAGAAAUUAAAAUAAUAUUUAUGCUACAGAAAGUAAGAGUUCUGUUAAAAUGAAGAUAGAUUUAUCAAAAUGUAAUUAAUAAUAAUAAAAAAUAUAAUAAUUAUAAUAGUUAUAGUAAUAAUAACAAUUAAAAAAAAUUUAACAAUAAAUAUAAUAAUAAAAUAUAAAUAAAUUGAAAAUUCCAGAUUAAGAAGGGAUAGGAUUUCAUUAAGAAUUUAUGAUGAAAUUUAAUGAAUUUUCUGAAAGUUGGAGAGUAUAAGUAUUAAAAGAUGAAAAGAAAAAUAAAUCAUGA